ACCGAAUCGUCUUUGACGGCCUUCUUUCCAUCGCAACUCCAAAUUCUUCUCCCAAACUGAUCUCUUCUUACCGCCCUCGUCGACUCCGGAGCUGCUUCGGCCACCGCAUCGGAAGCGGCCAUGGCGGAAGACCUCGCUGGAGGCGCCGUUGUCUCAACCGAUCCUGACGGCCCCGACGGCGUCCGCAUGACCUGGAACGCGUGGCCCCGCUCCAAGGUGGAGUCGAGCAAGUGCGUCGUCCCUGUAGCCGCCUCAAUAGCCCCGAUCCGCUCCUCCCCCUCCCUCGUCGUGCUACCUUACCAUCCCCUCCGCUGCAAGCCGCCCUGCGCCGCCGUUCUCAACCCCUUUGCGCGGGUCGAUUACGGAGCUAAGAUCUGGAUCUGCCCCUUCUGCUUCUCUCGGAAUCAUUUCCCUCCGCACUACGCCGGCAUCAGCGAGCACAACUACCCAGCAGAGCUGUACCCACAGUGCACCACCAUCGAGUACGCGCCGCCGCCGCUCGAUGCUGCCGCUCCACCGCCGCCUCCUGUCUUCCUCUUCGUUAUUGACACCUGCCUCAUCGAGGAGGAACUUGGCUAUGUCAAAUCGGCCAUGCGUCGCGCCAUCGGCCUCCUGCCGGACCAUGCCCUCGUUGGUCUGAUCACCUUCGGCACCCAGGUCCAUCUCCACGAACUGGGAUUUGCUGAUAUAACGAAGAUCUACGUGUUCCGUGGUACGAAGGAGAUCACGAAAGAGCAGAUCUUGGAUCAAUUGGGGCUUUCCUCUGCUGGUGUUCGCCACGGUGGUGUUGCUGGGGCGCCAGGUUAUCCCAGGGGACCCCAGGCUAAUGCGUUGCAUCCUUCUACAUCCGUCAAUAGGUUCCUGCUUCCCGCGUCUGAUUGCGACUACACACUCAAUGCUUUGCUAGAUGAGCUCCAGUUAGACCGCUGGCCGGUGGAAACAAGUAGUCGGGCUUUGCGUUGCACUGGAGUUGCCCUAACUGUCGCAGCUGGCUUACUAGGAGCAUGUGUUGCAGGAACUGGCGCCCGGAUCAUAGCUCUAGUUGGGGGACCGUGUACAGUUGGCCCUGGAAUGAUUGUGUCAAAAGACCUAUCUGAGCCUGUGCGCUCGCAUAAAGACCUUGAUAAAGAUGCUGCUCCACACUUUCACAAAGCUGUUAAAUUUUAUGAUAAUCUUGCAAAACAACUGGUUAACCAGGGCCAUGUCCUAGACCUUUUUGCUUCGGCACUUGAUCAGGUUGGGGUUGCAGAGAUGAAAGUAGCAGUUGAAAGGACAGGUGGACUGGUUGUUCUUGCUGAAAGUUUUGGACAUCCAGUUUUUAAAGAUUCCUUUAAAAGAAUUUUUGAGGAUGGCGAGCAGUCUCUUGGGCUUUCUUUUAACGGCACUCUUGAGAUCAAUUGUUCAAAGGACAUCAAAAUUCAGGGAAUUAUUGGACCAUGUACAUCCUUGGACAAGAAGGGAGCUCUUUGUGCAGACACUAUUGUAGGACAAGGGAAUACCAUUUCAUGGAAGAUGUGUGGGCUUGAUAGGACUACUUGUCUUACAGUUUUCUUUGAUAUUUCACCUAGUGAGCGAUCAGGUCAACAAGGGAUUCCAAAUCCACAGUUGUAUAUACAAUUCCUCACCAACUAUCAGAACCCUGAAGGUCAAAUGAGGUUACGUGUUGCAACAAUUAUGAGGAAAUGGGUUGAUGGUUCCAAUACUGAGGAACUAGUUGAAGGUUUUGACCAGGAAACUGCUGCUGUUGUAUUAGCAAGAUAUGUAUCCUUAAAAAUGGAGAUGGAGGAAGAAUUUGAUGCAACUAGAUGGUUGGAUAGAUCACUUAUUCGUCUUUGCUCACGAUUUGGUGAUUAUCGAAAGGAUGAUUCUGCUUCAUUCACACUACAUCCAAAUUUCUCAAUACUGCCACAGUUCAUGUUCAAUUUAAGGCGCUCACAAUUCGUUCAGGUCUUUAACAAUAGUCCGGAUGAGACUGCCUAUUUUCGUAUGUUGUUGAAUCGUGAGAGUAUUACCAACUCGGUCGUCAUGAUCCAGCCUUCACUGCUUUCUUACUCUUUCAAUUCUCCCCCUACACCUGCAUUGUUGGAUGUGUCAUCCAUAGCUUUAGAUCGUAUACUGUUGCUUGAUGCGUAUUUCAGCAUCGUCAUUUUUCAUGGCACUACCAUUGCUCAAUGGCGCAAUUUGGGGUAUCAAAAUCAACCAGAGCACCAGGCCUUUGCCCAGCUAUUACAAGCUCCUCAGGAUGAUGCUCAAAUGAUCAUAAAAGAACGGUUCCCUGUUCCCAGAUUAGUCAUUUGUGAUCAACAUGGUUCUCAGGCAAGAUUUUUGUUAGCAAAGUUGAACCCAUCAGCCACGUACAAUUCUGCCCACGAGGUUGUUCCAGGCAGCGACAUCAUAUUCACCGAUGAUGUCAGCCUUCAAGUUUUCUGCGAGCACCUACAGAGAUUGGCUGUUCAGUCAUGAGGAGAAGAGAGGUUCUUACUAUCAACUGUUGUUCAUAACUUCGACUUUGUUCGAUUCCUCCCUAUUCCAUUCUGAGAAGUAAUAUGAGUCCCUCAGUUUUGUCAUAAACAAAUUAAAAUGCUUGAAUUAUUUUUUGCUGUUGCGGAAUGCUCAUGACUAUUUAAUUUACAAGGAUUUUGCUGCUUUGUAGAUUGAAAGUCGAGGUGAUGUUGGCAUUAGUCAUAUUACUACUGUAUUACAAUGUAACGAAUCUUGUUUGUGAUUUGCUGUAGACUUGGAAUCCAAAGCUUUAUUUAUCAA